GUAAAAGUCAUUUUCCCAGCCCCUUAUUAACGGGAUUUAUGUACCGGAUUUAUUAACCAGCAAGAAGGUAAAGCGAGGUCCAAGAACGCAACAAUGGCGAGAGUCUUCAACAACAAACCCAGAUUAUUUACCGGAUUUAUUUACUCAUGGAGAUCGGUUCUCUUCCCUUCCACAUCUACAAGGACGAUCGAAACCCUAGCUUUCGAAGAGGCCCGCUCUCCCUCCCACAAACCCGUACCCGAUUAUUCUGCAUUUGUUCUUCAUGGCUUAAUGGGAUCUGCCAGAAAUUGGCGAUCUUUCUCUCGGAAUCUGGCUUCUUCCCUCUCUACCUCCUCUCCACCUUCAGACUGGAAGAUGGUUCUUUUGGAUUUGAGAAAUCAUGGUCGAUCAGCUGGUUUAUCUGGUUUAAAUCCACCUCAUGACAUACCUAGUGCUGCUAAUGAUGUUGCUAAUCUAGUGAAAUCUCAAGGUUGGAGUUGGCCUGAUGUUGUUUUAGGGCAUUCCAUGGGUGGCAAGGUGGCCUUACAGUAUGCCAUGAGCUGUGCCCGUGGUGAUUAUGGCACUUCAGCCAAGUUGCCCAAACAGUUGUGGGUACUGGAUUCUGUUCCUGGGAUAGUGAACCCUGAAGAAACUAGUGGCGAGGUGGAGAAAGUUCUAGAAACCUUGCAGGGUAUAUCAAAAACAAUCCCAUCACGCAAGUGGCUAGUGGAUUACUUGAUAAAUCUAGGAUUUUCAAAAUCUUUGUCUGAAUGGCUCGGCACCAAUCUCAAAAAAUCAGGUGAACAUGAGACAUGGGCUUUCGAUCUUGAUGGAAUUAUUCAGAUGUUCGAUUCAUACAGGGAGAUGGAUUAUUGGCCGCUUCUAGAACAUCCGCCUAAAGGGAUGGAGAUAGUGAUUGUGCGUGCGGAAAACAGUGACAGGUGGGACCCACAUGUGACUCAGAGACUCGAAAGCCUUGAUAAAAAGAGAGGCGAUGAAUCAGAGGGUAAAGUUUCAGUUGUGGUUCUUCCAAAUUCUGGACAUUGGGUUCAUGUGGACAACCCAAAGGGACUUUUGGAGAUUGUGAUACCCAAAAUGUCCUCUAUUGUUUAAACCCAAAGGGUUUCUAUAUAUGAACAAUCAACAAUCUCAUCAUAUCUUUUGUUACAUGAUCUGUAUUUGGUUUUAAUCUAACUAAAUAACUGAAAUCAUCAAUCUGUGACAAAAGGAUGAGGGGGAACAAUUUAUUGAAGAGACAGACAUGUUUGAUUUAAA